GCCCUCGCGCAACUGUCAGGCAAAGCGGGCCGGCGGAUAUUGGCUCCCCAACACGCCGAGGCUCCUCCCCGAUCUGGAUCUUUAUAUUUUGGGAGAAUUUCUUUGAACUCAGUUACCAAGCUCCGCGAAGGAGACAAGUUCCCAGAGCCGGCUCGCCGGCGGAGGCGAGGCGGGGGGCCCGCCCACCUUGUCUGCAGCUGCCGUGUGCCCCGAUUGUACUCGUCUUUUCCCUCGUGGAGGAAAAGGACUCGCUAGGCUGAGGAGAAUGCCAAUUAUCUGGAUGUGACCGUGAAAAGAGAACGUGUGGUUGGAGAAGGCAGAAGAGGAGGAAACGCAUUAUUUGAAGAGAAGAAUAAACCAGGCAUUGAAACCCUUCUGCAAAUUAGUGCUGUUACUUCUGAGGUCCAUCUGCUUUUAUCCCCCCGCCCCCUUCAGUUAAGAAACCUUGACUUGAGGGCCAAGAGACAGCCCCCUACAACUGGACACCCUUCUGGGUUGGAAGACCUUUUGGAUGUAGCGUUGGUGGAACAUUUAGACACUCUCCUCUGGAAAAGCCACCAUGAAUUCGGUAGCUGGGAAUAAAGAGAGGCUUGCAGUCUCCACCAGGGGCAAGAAAUACGGGGUGAAUGAAGUCUGCUCGCCCACCAAGCCCGCGGCGCCCUUCUCCCCGGAAAGCUGGUACCGGAAAGCAUACGAAGAGUCGCGCGCCGGGAGCCGCCCCACUCCCGAGGGCGCGGGCUCGGCGCUCGGCUCGUCGGGGACGCCGUCCCCCGGCUCGGGCACCUCGUCCCCGAGCUCCUUCACGGGCUCCCCGGGCCCCGCCUCCCCGGGCAUUGGCACCAGCUCGCCUGGCUCCCUGGGCGGCUCGCCAGGUUUCGGCACGGGCUCCCCGGGCUCGGGCAGCGGCGGCGGCUCCUCCCCCGGAUCGGACCGCGGCGUCUGGUGCGAGAAUUGCAACGCCCGCCUGGUGGAGCUGAAGAGGCAGGCUCUGAAGCUGCUCCUCCCGGGGCCCUUUCCCGGCAAGGACGCUGCUUUCUCGGCUGUGAUUCACGACAAGCUCCAGGUCCCCAACACCAUCCGGAAGGCGUGGAAUGACAGGGACAACCGCUGUGACAUUUGUGCCACACACCUGAACCAGCUGAAGCAGGAGGCCAUUCAGAUGGUGCUGACCCUGGAACAGGCGGCUGGCAGUGAGCACUUCGAUGGCUCACCUGGCUCGCCCCCAGCCCUCUCCAACAUCCCCACUCCGGUGGGGUCCCGGCACGUGGGGGGGCUCCAGCAGCCCAGGGAUUGGGCCUUUGUGCCCACCUCCUAUGCCUCCUCCAACUACACAGCCCUCAUCACCAGUAAGCAUAGCAGCAAACCCAGCAGCCUCGGGGUCAGCAAUGGGGUGGAGAAGAAGAGUGGGUCUCCAACCCACCAGGCCAAGGUCAGCCUCCAGAUGGCCACCAGCCCCAGCAAUGGGAAUAUCCUCAACUCAGUGGCCAUCCAGGCUCACCAAUACCUGGAUGGCACCUGGUCCCUGUCGAGAGCCAACGGGGUCACCCUCUACCCCUACCAGAUCUCCCAGCUGAUGACAGAGCCUGGCCGGGAGGGCCUGACAGAGGCGGCGCUGAAUCGCUACAAUGCAGACAAGCCUUCGGCCUGCAGCGUCCCGGCCUCGCAAGCCUCCUGCGUGGCCAGCGAGACCUCCGCGGGCACCUCGGUGGCCGCGUCCUUCUUCGCCAGAGCUGCCCAGAAGUUAAAUCUAUCUUCUAAAAAGAAGAAACAUCGGCCUUCCACUUCUUCUGUCGCCGAGCCACCUCUCUUUGCCACCAGCUUCAGUGGGAUUCUGCAGACUUCCCCACCCCCGGCCCCACCCUGCCUGCUGAGGGCCGUCAACAAGGUGAAGGACACCCCAGGCCUGGGCAAGGUGAAAGUCAUGCUUCGCAUUUGUUCCACCUUGUCUCGCGAUACCUCGGAAUCCAGCUCUUUCUUAAAGGUGGACCCACGAAAGAAGCAGAUCACCUUGUAUGACCCCCUGACAUGUGGAGGUCUAAAUGCCUUCCAAAAGAGAGGGAACCAAGUUCCUCCUAAGAUGUUUGCCUUUGAUGCGGUUUUUCCACAAGAUGCUUCUCAGGCGGAAGUGUGUGCUGGAACCGUGGCAGAGGUGAUCCAGUCUGUGGUCAACGGGGCAGAUGGCUGUGUGUUCUGUUUCGGCCACGCCAAGCUGGGAAAAUCCUACACCAUGAUCGGAAAAGACGAUUCCAUGCAGAACCUUGGCAUCAUCCCCUGUGCCAUCUCUUGGCUCUUCAAGCUGAUAAAUGAACGGAAAGAAAAGACCGGAGCCCGUUUCUCAGUGCGGAUCUCAGCCGUGGAGGUGUGGGGCAAAGAAGAGAACCUUCGGGACCUGCUGUCGGAGGUGGCCACGGGCAGCCUGCAGGACGGCCAGUCUCCGGGCGUGUACCUGUGCGAGGACCCCAUCUGUGGCACGCAGCUGCAGAACCAGAGUGAGCUGCGGGCGCCCACUGCGGAGAAGGCCGCCUUCUUCCUGGAUGCUGCCAUAACCUCCCGGCGGGGCAGCCAGCAGGACUGCAACGAGGACGACCUCCGCAACUCCCACAUGCUCUUCACGCUGCACAUCUACCAGUACCGCAUGGAGAAGAGCGGCAAGGGGGGAAUGUCUGGAGGCCGCAGCCGCCUGCACCUCAUUGACCUUGGCAGCUGUGUGAAAGCUCUUAGCAAAAAUCGAGAAGGAGGCUCAGGACUGUGCCUCUCACUGUCUGCUCUGGGCAAUGUCAUCCUGGCUCUCGUCAAUGGCAGCAAACACAUCCCAUACAAAGAAAGCAAGCUCACCAUGCUGCUGCGGGAGUCCCUGGGGAACGUGAACUGCCGCACGACCAUGAUCGCUCACAUCUCGGCCGCCGCCGGGAACUAUGCCGAAACCCUGUCCACCAUCCAGAUUGCCUCGAGAGUGUUGAGGAUGAAGAAAAAGAAAACGAAGUACACGUCGAGCUCCUCCGGGGGAGAGAGCUCCUGUGAGGAAGGCAGAAUGCGCAGGCCCACCCAGCUGAGACCCUUCCACGCCAGGGCCGCCGUGGAGCCGGACUUCCCAAUCCCUCACCUGUCUAGCGACCCCGACUACUCCUCCAGCAGCGAGCAGUCCUGCGACACGGUCAUCUACAUUGGGCCAAACGGCACGGCCCUCUCUGACAAGGAGCUCACCGACAACGAGGGGCCUCCAGAUUUUGUCCCUAUCGUGCCGGCCCUGCAGAAGGCGGCCAGGGGUGACAGCCGGUCCACAGAGGCCGGAGAGGCCGCGGCCAGCAAAUCGGAAAGGGACUGCUUGAAGUGCAACACGUUCGCCGAGCUGCAGGAGAGGCUAGAUUGCAUUGACGGCAGUGAGGAGUCCAGCACGUUCCCUUUCGAAGAGCUGCCGGCCCAGUUUGGGGCACAGCAAGGAAGCCAGAGUGUCCCGCUAAGCCAGGCAGCUGGGGCAAGCCCGCUCUGUGAGUCUGAUAAGGAAGAUGAUGGGUCAGAUAGCCCGCUGACAGCCAGAGAAGGCAGUGAGCCCCCGGGCUCCAAGGUGCAGGGGAAUCACUCCCCUGUCCCUGCUGCGUGGCUCACCAACGGCCCCACCCCUGCCUCACCCAGAAGCAUCCCGGGCAGCGGCAGCCAGCACAGUUCUUCCCAGCUUGUGCAGAGCCCCAGCCUCCAGAGCAGCCGGGAAAGCCUGAACUCCUGUGGCUUUGUAGAAGGCAAGCCCAGGCCUAUGGGCUCCCCCAGGCUGGGCAUCGCCAGCCUGUCCAAGACCUCAGAGUACAAGCCGGCCAGCUCUCCUUCCCAGAGGUGCAAAGUCUACACCCAGAAGGGUGUCCUGCCUUCUCCUGCCCCCCUGCCCACCUUCAGCAAGGAUGCGGGCGUGGUAUCUAGUGAGUCCCUGCUGCAGCCCGAGGUACGUACCCCCCCAGUCGGAAUGAGCCCCCAGGUUUUGAAGAAAUCCAUGUCUACUGGGAGUGAAGGGUUCCCAGAAUCCCCUGUGGAUGCCGAACAUCAGGCAGCCACUUCUGCAGAUGCCAAGAAGGAGAUACGCAGCACCACGAUGGUGACAGUGCAGCAGCCCCUGGAGCUGAAUGGUGAGGACGAGCUGGUGUUCACGCUGGUGGAGGAGCUGACCAUCAGCGGGGUCCUGGGCGGCGGCCGCCCCACCAGCAUCAUCAGCUUCAACAGCGACUGCUCGGUGCAGGCCUUGGCCUCGGGCUCCAGGCCCGUCAGCAUCAUCGGCAGCGUCAGCGAGGACCUCGAGUGCUACUCAAACGUGGCUCCUGUCUCCGAGGUCAGCAUCACGCAGUUCUUGCCCUUCCCGAAACUGAACCUGGAUGAGCAGGCCCGGGAGACAGGGAGCAGGCGUUCCUCCAUCAGCUCCUGGCUGAGCGAGAUGAGCACAGGCAGUGACGGCGAGCCGCCCUGCCACAGUUUCAUAGCCCAGACGUGUUUCGGGCAUGGGGAAGCAAUGGCAGACCCUCCGGCCUCGGAGUUCGUCAGCGGCACGCAGAACACCGCUGUGGUGUGCCGAGAGAAGCCCAAGGAGGGCCCCGACAGUUUGCUCCUCUUGUCGGAAAUGGGGGACGACUCCUUCAACAAAGCAACCCCCGUCAAAGGCUGCAAGAUAUCCACGCUGGGCAAAGCCAUGGUCACCAUCUCGAAUACGGCCAGCCUGGGCAACUGCGAAGGGUACAUCCCCAUGAAGACCAACAUUACGGUUUACCCCUGCAUCGCCGUGAGCUCCCGGAACGUCCAAGAGCCCGAGGCGUCCCUUGCCACCGUCAGCUCAGUCCCCAAAGCAGCCCGGUCUCAGGAGAGCAAGGAAAGUGGUGCAAAGAAAGAGAUGAAAUUUGAGGACCCCUGGCUGAAACGAGAAGAGGAGGUAAAGAAAGAGAAUGCCUAUCCCCACGAAGCAGGGAUGAGGCACGAGACUGCCCCAGGCCCCCCAAAGCCUGAGGCCAGAGCGGAACAGGACAGGAAGGCCAGCCCCAGCGACGGGCUCAGCAGCAGCAGCGGUGAGGUAUCUGCCUCCCCUGUGGCCGACAACUUCAGGAGGGUUGUGGACGGCUGUGAGACGGCCCUGCCCAGUGUGGCUGCCCAGAGCCCUGUGCAUCUCAACAAAAGCCUGAAGUCGAGCAGCCUUCCCAGGGCUUUUCAGAAAGCCAGCCGGCAGGAGGAACCGGACAGCCUCUUCUCUCACUGCCCUGCCGAGACCAACGGCAUCGGCCCGGCUUCCAGCACCCAGGCGUCCAAGGCCACCCUGGAGAGGAAGGUGGCGUCACCCAAGCACUGUGUCCUGGCUCGGCCCAAAGGCACUCCCCCGCUGCCCCCUGUCCGAAAGUCCAGCUUGGACCAGAAGAACCGGGCCAGCCCCCAGCACAGCGCCUGCAGCAGCAACUCCAGCAGCCCCUUGAACCAACCGGCGCCCUUCUCCGCCAGCUUCCUAGACGAGCCUAGCGGCAAGACGAAGGAUGCCGGCAGCUGCAGCAGCAAGCUCUUCGGUGUCAAACUGGAGCAGCUGGCCAGCAGGACCAACUCUCUCGGCAGGACAACAGUCAGCCACUACGAAUGCCUCUCGCUGGAGAGGGCCGAGAGCCUGUCCUCCGUGAGCUCCAGGCUGCACGCGGGGAAGGACAGCACCAUGCCCCGCACGGGGAGGAGCCCGGGCCGCAGCGCCGGGGCCUCGCCCACCAACCCGGGCCCCGCGCAGUCGGCCGGGGCCUCGCCCAAGGCCAGCCAGUCCAAGAUCUCCGCCGUGAGCAAGCUGCUCCUGGCCAGCCCCAAGGCCCGCAGCCUGUCCACCUCCACCACCAAGACCCUGAGCUUCUCCACCAAGUCCCUGCCGCAGGCGGUGGGUCAGAGCUCCGGCCCGCCCCCCGGCGGGAAGCACAUGUCCUGGUCCACCCAAUCGCUGAGCCGGAGCCGGGGCUCGGGCCUGGCGUCCAAGCUGCCGCUGCGGGCGGUGAACGGGCGCAUCUCGGAGCUGCUGCAGGGCGGCGCGGGGCCCCGGGGGCCGCCGGGGCGCGCGGGGCCCGAGGCGGAGGAGCGCGCGGCCACCGCCGACGAGCGCCCGCCACCCGCCGUCCCGCUGCCCUCGCCCUACAGCAAGAUCACGCCGCCGCGCAGGCCCCACCGCUGCAGCAGUGGCCACGGCAGCGACAACAGCAGCGUGCUGAGUGGGGAGCUGCCGCCUGCCAUGGGCAAGACGGCGCUCUUCUACCACAGCGGCGGCAGCAGCGGCUACGAGAGCAUGAUGCGCGACAGCGAGGCCACCGGCAGCGCGUCGUCCGCCCAGGACUCCAUGAGCGAGAACAGCAGCUCCGUGGGCGGGCGCUGCCGCAGCCUCAAAGCCCCGAAGAAGCGCGCCAACUCAGGUUCCCAGAGACGGAGGCUCAUCCCGGCGCUGUCCCUUGACACCCCCUCCCCUGUGAGGAAACCGGCCAACAGCGCAGGGGUCCGUUGGGUGGACGGCCCCUUGCGCAGCACCCAGAGGGGCCUCGGGGAACCUUUUGAGAUUAAAGUCUAUGAAAUCGAUGACGUGGAGCGGCUGCAGCGGCGACGAGGGGGCAGCAGCAAGGAGGUCAUGUGCUUCAAUGCAAAGCUGAAAAUCCUGGAGCAUCGCCAGCAGAGAAUUGCCGAGGUCCGAGCCAAGUACGAGUGGCUAAUGAAGGAGCUGGAGACGACGAAACAGUAUCUGAUGCUGGAUCCCAACAAGUGGCUCAGCGAAUUUGACUUGGAGCAGGUUCUGGAGCUGGAUUCCCUGGAGUACCUGGAAGCGCUGGAGUGCGUGACAGAGCGCCUGGAGAGCCGCGUCAACUUCUGCAAGGCGCACCUCAUGAUGAUCACCUGCUUCGACAUCACCUCCCGGCGCCGCUGACGGGAGCCGCCGCCCGGCCGGCCCUCGCUCCCUAUCCGCAGGCAGCCGCGCUCGGCGGGCCCUCGGUGCUGGCCGCGCUCAGUGACCACGGAAGGAGGACGAAGGUCGGUGGCAAGUCUGGAGUGAGCGUGGAGCAGAAGGUGAUUUUUCUUUUGUUUUCUGUAGGAAAGGUGCAAACACCAAACACGCAGGAGAGGAGAAAAUGGUGGGAAACCCAAGGGACGUGGAAGCCCCCGUGAGACUGAAAAAGCACUUUGAGGAACUUUAAAGAACUUGUUUGUACAUAAGAAAUGCUGGCAAAAGAGACCUCACUCUUCUCCUGGUUUGUGAGAAAAGGCGAGGGUGGACGUGGGAUUGCUGUGGAAAGUGAAAACAAAACAAGUUACUCCGAAUGACUGAUGAAGUGCCUUGCAAAUCUUUGUUAUUAUCCAAACAUUUAUGUUCAUACUUUCUUGUGUACAGAUGGUGCUAGUCAAGAUGAAAACAACAAAACGAACAAAAAAGAAAAUCAAACACAUUUUUGCAAUGUAUUUACAGCUCGUUUUCUCUUGGUGUUUUAUCCUAUUUCUGACUUGCUGUUUCUAAGUAAGUUGUGUUUGUAGAGCUAUUUCCUAAUCGGUAUGGCAUAUGAAUAAAU